AACCGUAGAAUGCACGAGUCAACACCCUCUCCAUCACCAGUACAUGUCCAACGUUUGUUCGUGACCAGCAUCUCUUUCAACAUCCGCUAUCGACGCAUCGCCCGCAAUGGACGAAUCGUCAAUCACCACGCCCCUGCUCGCGCCUCCCAGCGGAUUACCCGCACCAGCUGCAUCUGGCCGAACCCAGGAUCACCCCGCAUUCCUUCGAGUGUGCCAUUCGCCGUGGCGAUAGCUUCCCCAGAAUGCACUCUUCUACAUCCGUGGCUUCCUCCUCGCCUACCUUAUUGCCGCCAGCAUCAUGAUCCUCGAUUACAAGGUGGAGCAGGAAGAGUCCAAGUUUUCGGACUGGCGCAUCAUCUUUGAGCUCGAAAUCAUCAGCUUCGGCCUUCUCCUGGCUUACCACGCAAUCGUCUCUACAGUCCUGGACCUUUACCCACCUCUACUUCCCGCACAUUGAGGAUCGCCGAUCCGGCUAGGAGUAUUGGGUCCUGCGGUUCCUGUCGCUUCCAGCCAACAUGAACAGCCUCCGGAAGCAGUUCUACUUUACGCUCUUCUACUUUUUGACGUCCAUCUUCGCCAUCAUCAACACGAUGAUGUACUUUCUGGUCACGCUGCCUCACGCAGGCUCUGGGGACGACAGCUCACCUGCUGAGCCAGAACCUUCGGGUCUGGGCAUGUCAAAAUCGCCCACAGAGCUUCGAGACUUUGGCGUCGGUCAGUCACCUCUUCUGCCUUACGGCACUGCCGGAAGGACGCCAUUCACGGACAUGUUUGGUGAGGGUUGGUUUCAGGCUUUUACAACACUGAACCUCUUCGUCAUCUCCACUUUGAUUGUCCUCGUCGAAAUUCUGUUCCUCAACAGCGUCAAGCGUCCGUAUGCCAUUGGUGCCCACAUCUUCGGGCUUCUUUUCCUUUCCGGGCUCUACGUAGCUUGGGCUGCCGUUGGCAGGACCGUCACGGGAACUGGUCCUUUCUGGCUAGACGGUGAUGAGGCAGGUUCGCGGGAGGCCGUUGUCGCAAACACGAUUGGUUUCGUCGUGCUGUCGCCGAUCAUAUUUUCCCUCGUCUACGGCUUUAUCGCGAUUCGAGAGACGAUUGUCAAGUCGUUCCAGCUUUCUCGCAUGCGAAUUGCUUCCGCCGCCGCCCACGACGAUUGAUUUGGGGCAUGCGAGCAAAAUGCGUGUAAACGACAAAAAAAAGUGGUAGGAUCUGGAGGAGCGUCCGUGGCUGUGCGGUCCACCUAGAACUAUCAGUCUUCCGUAUCCUAAUAAUACAACCAUGCUUUCAACCCA